UGGGCCGGCGAAUAAGUCAUUGUCGUACUUUUUCACUCAUUCUUUCCAGUGUAGUCUCCCUUAUCUUUCUGUCGUACCCCGUGACAGAAAAAGCAGUCACUAUGGCCUCAUCCUCAAAGCCCCCGAGCUUCCUGCUCUACACUUGCAUAGCCCACCGCACCACAAUCCUCGCAGAGCACUCCUCCCCAGGAACUUCUUCAACAUCCGCCUCCUCUCUCGCCUCCAUCAUUCUCCCCAAAAUCACGCACGAGAAAUCGCAAAAGCUUACCUACACCCAUGAACGCCUCUUCGUGCACUAUAUCGCCGACUCUCCCACGGGGGCGAGCGACGAUGCCAGCUCCCGCCAGGAACCCAACUCCUACGCUCCGCUAAGCUACAUCGUAGUCGCGACCGCCGAACAGGGCCGUCGCAUCCCAUUCGCUUUUCUUCUCGAAAUGAAACGCAAGUUCCUAUCCACCUACCCACCCUCCAGCACUGAUUUCGCCGCCCUCCCGGCCUACGGCUGCGCCGCGUUCAACAACGAACUGCGCUCCUUACUCCAGACGUAUAAUACGGCCCCGCCGUCGGACUCGCUCGCCUCAGCCCGCAGAGAAAUUGAUAGUGUGAGAGAUAUCAUGACGGAGAAUAUCGAGCGAGUGCUGGAGCGUGGAGAGAGGAUUGAUCUGCUGGUUGAUAAGACGGAUCGAUUGGGUGGGAGUGCGCACGAUUUUCGCAUUCGGAGUCGGGGUUUAAGGAGGCGGAUGUGGUGGAAGAAUAUCAAGUUGAUGGUGCUUUUGGGGGUGGUGAUUGUUUUCCUACUGUAUCUGUUCAUUGGGAUAGGGUGUGGACUACCGGCUUGGGGGAAGUGUGUUGGUCAUAGUGAGUGA